AUGGGUCAGGGUCCGUUAUGCACCACGAGCCAUGGGGCACGCGACUCCGCAACUCACACACCCACUCGUAGCCCAGCAUUCGUGCGUCUACAGCAUGGGCGCACUGUUCACAGACAACUUGUGCGUUGCUCAGUGCACUCGGAGCUGCUAAGGGGGAGGCUGCAGGCGAUGUUGGGCUUGGCUAUUGGGUACCCAGAUGAUUGCCCACCUACAGUCAACCAUCUGCCACCUACAGUCACCCAUCUGCCACCUACAGUCAACCAUCUGCCACCUACAGUCACCCAUCUGCCACCUACAGUCACCCAUCUGCCACCUACAGUCACCCAUCUGCCACCUACAGUCACCCAUCUGCCACCUACAGUCACCCAUCUGCCACCUACAGUCACCCAUCUGCCACCUACAGUCACCCAUCUGCCACCUACAGUCACCCAUCUGCCACCUACAGUCACCCAUCUGCCACCUACAGUCACCCAUCCUGUCAUCGCACCUUCAGGCACCACAUCUCCCUCCCAUCCACGACAGUCUCAUAUGCUGUCACCCCAUGCCCCCUCCAUCCACACGCCUGUCAGCCCUACUGUGGUGCACAUAUAUCUGUCCUGCAUUCCCACUCUUCCUCUUCCCGUACUCCCCCCACCCCUCACCCCUUACACCCCCCCUUCUCCUCCCGCCUUUUCCUCCACUGUGGAUGGUUGA